AAUCGGUAAUAUUCUUUAUUCUCUUAACCUAAUAUUAUUUUCUAGUCUAGAGGGAUCGGCGUUUCAUUCCGAAUAUUGUCAUUAAAAGAGACGCUAAGUGAUAUAGGAUUACUGAUUUCAGAAAUGACAUGAGCUGCAUCAUUUAUUACCUAUUACCAUCCCAUCUAUCUGCAUAUUCAAAAGUGUCUUUUUGAGUACUCGUUAACUCUAUUGCCGCGUCCUCAACGUCGUUAUAGGUGUACCUCAAGACGAGUGCCUAAACCUCCUCAGUCUUUGCACUACCUCUAUUUAUAUAUCUAAGAUGCCAUACACUGCACUAUUUCACCUCCUUGCCCUAUAUAUCACCAGAGGAGCCUCCUUUUCACAAUACGUAAUCCCGCAUUCACACGAGGUCUGUGUAUCUCAAGACUCUCCAAAUCAGCAUGCUCAACAAUACCCAACACUUGUUAGUGGGAAUCUAAACGGAACUACAUUAAUCGUGCCCAUACCUCUUGACAUCGCGCGUCGGGCUAUCCCUAAUGAGUAUGGAAUUCUUGAGGAGGCGUACAGAACGCUUCUACCUUCGUUUCCUGAUGGGAUGUAUCCAAUGAUGGCGCAGAUAGUGCACGAUCAUGAUCUCCAACUGCCCGCUUAUAACGCUUCCUUACCAGACUUCUCACGUGCUUCUCUCGAGUUUCCGUUCUUGGAUAUAUUCGGCGGUGGUCAUACUCCAUUCCGCUGGGCCGCAACUUUCAUGAUUUCGGCAGAAAACAAUCUCGCCAUUAAGGGAGCAGAGAGCUACGGCGCGGAUGUUUACCCGUCGAUAUUUGAUCCGCCUUGUGACGCUUACAAGACCUUACCUAGCGGCACUGCAUAUGCGCAUAGCCGGAGCAGCAACAAGACACGGGAUAGAUAUAUGACUAUAGAGACGACACAAUCUUGGGGGAGUGUUCCGUACCCCCUAGGCUUCGUCAAGAGCAUCACCAACCAGCCCGUUUUUGCAAACACCCAAACUUGUGAUUACUACACGAGACUGUUCAACACGACGCAUUCGAGUAACGCGGUGCCAGUUGUGGGGAGUGUAAGCACGAACAUGGAACCAUUUAAAGAACCCAAGGCAUGGAGCGGUGUAUACGGAUGGCGACUAGCUACUCCGUUUCUAGAACCUCCGGCUUUUUCUGAAUGUAAGCCGACAACUUGAAUCUGUUGUGUAAGGGUCACAACUUGUUAGUACACCUAUAAGUCUUACGACGGGGAUAGUCGGAAUCAAGCACCGGAGACACACUCGUUGGUAGGUAGCAUUGCCUACCUCUAUUGGAUUUUCAAGACGCCAGGAAAGGAUAUUGGAUCUCUAGAUAUAAUGU